AUGGAUCCAAAUAAAACCGUACAAUUCAAUACCACCAGUAAACUUCUAAAUAAUCCAAGUUUACAGUCUAAAACAUCUAAAACAACAUCGAUAUUAAUACCUAAUACUCUUAUUAAAAGAGUAUUCUUUCAUAAUGCAUUUCUUUUAGCCUGUCAGGGUGGUAAACAUUAUAAUUUAAAAAUCAAUCAAUUUAAUUUUUGUGAUAAUGGUGGAAUCGAUUUUCAGAGAUUUCAAGCAAAAAAUAAUCAGCGUGGAGUUAUAGGCAGUGCAGCACAAAAAGUACCAAUUCUAGCAAAUUUACCUAAUUUUAGAGGACCAUGCUAUGAUUAUCGGCUUUAUUUCGAAAAAAGACCAUUAGAUGCUAACUAG